CAUGCGCGAUAGAUAGCGACACGUCGAUACGCCGCCAUCUUAGGUGCCGAUGAUCAAGUUGUAAUUUUCAGUAACUAUUCGGGGUUUUCGGGAAAAUAUAUCAUGACUACGGCAGCAGAACAGCCCUGUUAUACACUUAUCAACAUCCCAAAUGAACAGGAGUCUCCUACAGAGCAAAAGCUAAAGGAAGAUAUUGAAAAAGGAGAUGUCAAAGUAAAAACAGAGACUCUUAAGAAAGUGAUUCAGAUGAUCUUGAAUGGAGAGAAAUUCCCGACUUUGCUGAUGACGGUCAUCAAGUUUCUUAUGCCUUUACAAGAUCACACUAUCAAGAAACUUCUUCUGAUCUUCUGGGAGAUUGUACCGAAGACAGGAGCUGAUGGCAAACUGCUUCAUGAGAUGAUCCUUGUCUGUGAUGCUUAUAGGAAGGAUCUACAGCACCCAAAUGAGUUUAUCCGGGGCUCAACACUGCGAUUCCUUUGCAAACUUAAGGAAGCAGAGUUGCUAGAGCCCUUGAUGCCGGCCAUUCGCACAUGUCUAGAACACAGACAUUCGUACGUCAGGAGGAAUGCCGUCAUGGCUAUUUACACCAUUUACAGGAAUUUUGAUUUCCUCAUCCCUGAUGCACCCGAGCUUGUUCACACUUUCCUGGAACAGGAACAGGAUGCUUCCUGCAAGCGUAAUGCCUUUAUGAUGCUGAUUCACGUUGACCAGGAACGUGCCUUAGAAUACCUAAGCACCUGCAUGGACCAGGUCAACACUUUUGGCGAUAUUCUGCAGCUAGUCAUUGUUGAACUGAUUUACAAGGUUUGCCAUGCCAACCCUGCAGAGCGUGCCCGCUUCAUCCGCUGCAUUUACAACCUACUCAAUUCGUCGUCCCCAGCUGUGAGAUACGAGGCCGCUGGAACACUGGUCACCCUCUCAUCAGCACCAACUGCUGUCAAGUCUGCAGCGUCCUGCUACAUUGAGUUGAUUGUCAAGGAGAGUGAUAACAAUGUGAAACUGAUAGUGCUGGACAGGCUGAUCAAACUCAAGGAGAACCCAUCACACGAGAAGGUCCUUCAGGAGCUUGUGAUGGACAUCCUGCGAGUACUUGCAUCUCCUGACCCUGAGGUCCGCAAGAAGACCCUGCAACUUGUUCUUGACCUUGUCACGUCAAGGAAUAUCCAUGAGGUAGUGGCAGUUUUGAAGAAGGAAGUUUCGAAGACACACUUUGAAAGUGAACAAGUAGAGAUUGGCAGCUAUCGCCAGAUGCUGGUGCGCACCCUACACACUUGUAGUGUCAAGUUCCCGGAUGUUGCCAACUCUAUUGUUCCCCUGCUGAUGGAGUUCCUGGGUGAUUCUAAUGAGCAAGCCGCCCUUGAUGUGUUGGUGUUUGUGCGAGAAGCAAUCCAGAGGUUUGAGCAGCUGAAGCCAGUCAUUAUGGAAAAGCUGAUGGAGAACUUCCACAUGAUUAAGAGCGUGAAGAUCCAUCGCCACGCCUUGUGGAUCCUUGGUGAGUAUGCCGACAGCAAGGAGGAUAUCAUGACAGUCAUGGAGGAAAUUCGCAAAGGACUGGGUGAUAUGCCUAUUGUUGAUGACGAGAUGAGAAAGGCAGCAGGAGAUCAAGGGGAAGCUGGUGAGGAAGCCCCUGCCAGUAGUGCCGCCAGUCAGCGGCUGGUCACUGCAGAUGGUACCUAUGCUACACAGAGUGCCUUCUCCCAACCAGGGGCCGCUGUAGGCUUAGCCAAGACUGAUGAUGAGAAGCGCCCUCCACUGCGUCAGUAUUUACUUGAUGGAGAGUUCUUCGUGGGCGCCGCCAUCGCAUGCACCCUCACCAAACUUGCACUGCGCUUCCUGCAGAAGGAAUCCGAUCUCACCAAGCAGAAUGUGUUUUGCGCCAACUGCAUGUUGAUGAUGUCAAGCAUUCUCCAUCUUGGCAAGUCGGGACUCUCUAAGAAGGUGAUCACAGACGAUGAUGUUGAUCGCAUCUCCAUGUGUCUGCGAGCCGUCGCCGAGCGCGCCCCUCUGAUGAAAGACAUUUUCACAGUGCAGUGCCGGCAGUCACUCUCAUCCAUGCUGGAUGCUAAUAAAAAGCUAGAGGAUGAACAGAAAGUCAAGGCUGAUGCUGAGAAGGUGAUGGCCAUCCAGGCAGAUGACCCUAUUUCAUUCCUCGACUUGUUGGCGAAAUCGGAGAGUGGAAUCACAGAAGACCAGUUUGCGGUGAGUCUGUCUCAGGCGGUGGGCGCCACAGGAAAGAAGGAAGACGAUCUCCAGAGCUCCAAAUUGAACAAGGUAUCCCAGCUGACCGGGUUCUCCGAUCCUGUAUAUGCAGAGGCAUACGUGAAUGUGAACCAAUACGACAUCGUGCUUGAUGUGCUGAUCGUUAACCAGACAACAGACACGCUACAAAACGUCACGCUGGAGCUUGCCACACUAGGGGACCUCAAGCUUGUGGAGAAACCACAGCCAAUACUUUUGGGUGCGAAUGAUUUCUCAAACAUCAAGGCAAAUGUAAAGGUAUCCUCGACUGAGAACGGCAUAAUCUUUGGCAACAUCGUGUAUGAUGUUUCCGGGGGAGGCGGUGACCGUAACUGUGUGGUGCUGAAUGACAUCCAUAUCGACAUUAUGGACUACAUAGUGCCAGCGUCCUGCACUGACGCUGAGUUCAGGCAGAUGUGGGCCGAGUUUGAGUGGGAAAACAAGGUGACAGUGAAUACAAACAUCAGUGACUUGCGAGAGUAUCUUGGGCAUCUGAUCGCAUCCACCAACAUGCUUUGCCUUACUCCAGAGAAGGCGCUUGCAGGCUCUUGCGGUUUCCUGGCCGCGAAUCUCUACGCCAAGAGCAUCUUCGGCGAAGACGCACUUGCCAAUGUUAGCAUCGAGAAGCCUUAUGGCCAGCCGGACGCUCCGGUUGUCGGACAUGUCCGAAUCCGGGCCAAGAGUCAGGGAAUGGCUCUGAGUUUGGGGGACAAAAUAAAUCUCUCUCAAAAGAAGGGUAGCUCCAAGUCUAACUGAAGUCUGUCGGAUAGCUUGGAAAUCCUUGGUAGACCUGACAUAGAAUCUUAACCAAUGUAAUCCUAAAAUUAGUGAAAUAAAGUGUUGCAAUUAUAA